CACAGCCUCCCUCUCUCUCUCUGUUCUGCAUACAGAGCUCCAGUACAGUACAGCUGGAAUGUGGCUAUUAGCACUGCGGCUAGCCAGCUGCUCUCAGCCAGAGAAAACUUUUUUCAGGAAGAUCAUGCCUGCCGCUCUUACACCGCCACCGGCCCUGUAAAAAGCGAGUGAGCCACAGCUAAAUAAGUGACAAAGAUGAACAUCGAUGACAAGCUUGAGGGAAUCCUGAUUAGAUGUGGCACUGCGGACCUACACCACUCAUCCAGAGCUCUGGCACCCUCUGGAGUGGACAGAAGAGGAGGAGGCCUGAAUAUGUCUCUUGGGGAAAAGAGCUUGGCCAAUCAACCCCUCCUGGCAGAAGAUGACGAUGAUGAGGAGGAGGAGGAUGAGGAGGAGGAGGAUGGUGACCUGGCUGCAUCUACACUGACCUCAAACAACCUUAACUCGCAAGAUGUACUGAUGGUUCAUGAGGAGACAGUGAAGAACGAUGGUGAGGAAGAGCCAGACUUCUCCCAGUGCCUCCCCCAUAAGCUGCCAUACACACUCCAUAUGCCUGUGAAUAUUAAACAGGAAGUGAAGGUGUCAGACUCACCAGUUUUUGGGAAAAAGGACAAGAAACUGGGCAAGGACCUAAUAGAAUCCCACAAAAAGAAGAAGAGAAAACAGCGCUCUCCAGCCAAGAUUCUCACUAUUAAUGAAGAUGGGUUGCUGGGACAUCAGAGUCCAAAGUCACACAUCUGCGAACACUGCAAUGCUGCUUUCCGAACAAAUUACCAUCUGCAAAGACAUGUCUUCAUUCAUACAGGAGAAAAGCCUUUCCAGUGCAGUCAAUGUGACAUGCGUUUCAUUCAAAAGUACUUGUUGCAGAGGCAUGAGAAAAUUCACACAGGAGAAAAGCCUUUUCGUUGUGAUGAAUGUGGAAUGAGAUUCAUUCAGAAGUAUCAUAUGGAGAGACACAAGAGGACACACAGUGGGGAGAAGCCCUAUCAGUGUGAUUACUGCCACCAGUACUUCUCCAGAACAGAUAGAGUCUUGAAGCACAGACGAAUGUGCCAUGAAAAUAAGGAGAGGAAAGCCAAUAUAGCAGCUGCCAAAGAUGAACUUCUGGAAAACACAGAAACCCUGGCAUUCUCUUUCCCUUCCAAGGAGUACACCCUACCCAAGAAAAAACGGCAGAAGAUGUCCGAUAAGAACCGUACCUUGACCACAUGUAUGGCUGUGGCAGACAAAACAGUGGAGGCUAGCGGUGAGGAGAAGAUGGAUGAAAGACCUGUCAAAAACGAGUGUCUUCCACUCUAUGCUGUGGCCACCAAGGUAAAGGAUGAAUACGUACUGGCAGGAUAUUCAGUUGAGCUGCCAGAUUCUUCUCUGGAGAAUAGGCACCUUACAGGGGAGGUGUCUUCUGAUGAGAUCAUUUUUCCUCCAAAGAUAGUGCUAAAGAAGAUUGCUAGCAAGAAAGGUGUGAAGCAGCAGUCCUUAGAUCAACCCCAGGCCCUUUCCCCUUUAUCAUCCUUCGAGGAGGGAAAAGUCACAAGAUACACAUUUGAGAUUGUGGAUAACAAAGGCCUGCUGGAGGUAGAGCCAAGCACUGACUUGGAGAGUGUUGAUCCCCUUCAUGGUGGGCCGGCAAAACCUACUGGGAGCAGCACAAACUAUGACGAUGCCAUGCAGUUUCUCAAAAAGAAACGUUACCUCCAGGCAACCACGACUAACAACAAUAGGGAUUAUGCCCUGAAUGUGAGUAGCAUUUCUUCACAGCCCUCCAUCACUCAGGCUUCCGUGGCCACCGUCAUAGACGAGACUGUUCCUGCUACAAUCCUUUCUGAGACUCAGACUCUAAACGUAGAAAUUAAGACCAGUGCUGAAAAGAGUGUUUUCCCAGAUGAAGUCCUGCAGUCGCUUUUGGAUCACUACUCCAACAAGACCAACGGACAGCCAGAGAUCAGCUUCAGUGUAGCAGACACAGAAGUGACCUCCAGCAUCUCCAUUAAUUCAUCUGAUGUUUCUGAGAGCAGCCCUACUGAGGACUUGGGAAACAGUUCCCAAGCUCCCCCAGCAGAGAAAGCCAGCCUUCUUCAGGAGUACUCAAAGUUUCUCCAGCAAGCAUUGGAGAGGACCAGUCAGAACGACACCUACCUAAACAACCAGAGUCUUACAUUUGUGUCUGAUGGUGCAAGCCUCGCCAGUCAGCCCUUGUUUUCUACAGACAAACAGUUUGCUUCUCUGAGUCGGUUCAGAUCAGGGAUGAACUCUCCUCCGAGAUCAACCUUGGAGAAACCCCACUUUGGGCUUUUAGUUGAUUCCCAACAUUCUUUCUCAUUUUCAGGGGAUGAGACUAACCCCUCCUCAGUUUCACCAACCGAGGACUUUCUGGAGCAGGUCUCGUCUCCUAAAAAGACAGACACUCAGGGCAUCAGUCAAACAUUUCAAAUAGCCAGUUUUGACCAGAACUUCCGAUCUCAGUUCCAGUCAUCCCGUUCAGGACUGUCAUCACAGUUCAGUGUUGCCAAUGGACAGGUCACCUUAAGAAGUCAUGGUGGAACAGACUUCCCAGAAUUCCAACUUGUAAAUGUUACUGAGACCAGAACUCAAAUAACCUCAUCCCCAGAUGCUACAAGCAGCCAAACUUUUGGCUAAAGAAAGCUAUUUAAGAUUUCAGUCAUUUAUAAAGCACUUUAUACUCCGGGUCUCUGGUUUCUGCAAUCAUGAGCAGCACCACCUCAGCUGUUGAUCUCUUGGAAAGCAUUUGACAGUUUUGUCAAUAAAUCACGGGUGGGAAUCAUCUUAGCUUACUUUUAAAGCACUUACCAGUCAUAUAAUGUCGCUUUGUGUGUAUUUAAAGGCACUUUCCCUGAUUUCUUUCUUUUUCCUUUUCUUUUUUUUUUUUGAAUCAGCAUUGUGUACAUUUGCAACGCGUACUGCACAGGCAAUCCCUCCUCAAGAGUUUACCUUGCUUAAACUUUUAAAUUCUGAAUUUUCUAUUCUACUAAAACUAUAUAAUUAAGAUAUUUUUGCACAUACCUUUAAAGGUAAUAUUAAAUGGAAAGAAACUUAAGCAGUACAAUAAAAAUAGGUACAUCUAUGACCAGUAGUGUAUUUGUACAUCAUUGAAAAUACCAAUUGUAAAUUUAUACAUAAAACAAAUUCUCAUGCCAAUCAAACUAAUCAACAAUGACAUGAUUGCAUACAUUUUCACAGCACAUGGGUACUUUAGAAAAUACCUAAACCUUUAGUUUAGACACUCAGAGACUCAUUAAGAACUGAAUGGAACUAAACACCUUCAGCUAUACUGGGAUAAUAUACCUCAGAUAUAUAAUUAGUACUGUUAUUGCAAAAGUGUGAUACAUUUUAAGAAAGAUUUUAAAAUUACAGUGAUUUUGAGUGGUGACAUAGGACUGCUUAGAUAAGAUUUCUUUUGCAUGUAGUGCCUUUUUGUGUUUUUGCAAAAGUUUUUGCAAGUCUGAAUAUUCUAAGCGUUCCUUCUUCCUUCCAAAUUUGACACUGAAAGCAAAGAGAGCCUAAGGAAGGGUUUUAGAAUUAGUUGUUAAUACACUCAACUUAGGCUUUGUUGGCAAAAAACCCUAUGCUCUGUACUUAAGGAUAUUCUAGUUCACAACUGAACUAAGAUGCCUAGCCUGAAUGACUCAGUGUUAAUAGUCAUUUUUUGAAGCACCCGUUUCCCAUAAUUACAGUUAUGGAUGUGAUUUAUAUAUUGACUUUAGAAGAUAAGAGGAAAUGUCUUAAAUUGAAAAGUCUGUUAAUCUUUAAUUGAUUAGUCCUUGAUAGUAAGAUUAUGAAUUUGGAAAUAUGCGUUUCAGUUAUCUAGCUUAAAUCUAAUUUCUUAUUAAUAAAAAAAAAUGUACUCUUAAAAAAGUACAUUUUACAUCUGUCAGCUGACAUUCUCCUGUCUCUGUGUGUGGUUGACAAAAAAAAUGCAUGAUUCAGAUCUCUGGUACAGCUUCAUUAUAUGGUAUUGAUAAACAUUUAUGUUUAUUCUACAUUCUGGUAUUGAUCAAGAAUUUAUAGUGUAAAUGAAAUGCCUUGGUUGUUUAUUCUGAUUUCUAUUUUUUUGUGUUAUGUGUGUGAGAAUGUCUUAACCAGGUCCAUAAACCUCUGUAGUUUUUCUUUAGGCCUAUAGUAGUAUCAUGCUAUGCUACAGACUACAUGGGAACUGCAUUUAAGCUUAUUUUCAAUCAAUAAGGUCAAUUCUCAAUCAGGGACAGAUACAAUCCUUGUUCAAAUUUGCUGUUAUUCCUUAAUUCAUUGUAAACAUUCCUGCUUCUAUUGUCAGUAGACAUAUGAUGUCUAUUAUUGUAAAUAAGUUGUAUAUUUUGAACUGUACAUUUUGUUCUGUGUAUGCUAAGAGUGAGAUGGGGACGUUGGAUAUGUGUGGGUCUCAGUUUUUACAUGAAUGUACUCUUGUCGAUUUAGUCAGCAUAAUCCUGUUGGUUCUGGCUCCACUGAGCACAGAUCAGGUUACUGUUGACUCAUAUGAUUAAGUUUCUCUCUUUCUCCACUUUAGUUAGGAAAGCCUGUAUCUGUAUUUGCACUUAUAGAAGAUUUGAUUGGCUUUUUCCAAGCAUAUACAUUUUCUGUGGAUGUAUUAUUUAUCACGUCAGAUAUUAGAAUUUAAUAUUAAUCAGUGAAACUAACAUCUAGUGGCUAUUUUACAUGAAACUGGAUACCCAGUAAUUCUUAAAUGUACUGAAAUAAAAACGAUUAAAGUUUUUUUUCCCCUUCACAGGAUGGCACAGUUGAUGAGUAUCUAUCCUACUGCGUUUACAAGUAAAUGCAACCAUUCUGUAAUUGAAUUUCCCCUUAUUUGAUAUCUAAACGUUGGAGUUGAGUGAGUGUUGGUAUUGAUGGAUUUUUCUUUAUCUUGUUUAGACCGAUGCGACAAGUUACUGUUAAUCAGUGAUGGUUUCUUAACUUCUUAAUAGAUUUAGACAUAUUUAAUUUGACAGGGGAAUGCAUGUCCACCUUUUUUGUACACUGGUUAUAUUUUUAUAUGUAAUGUACAUAUUUUAUUGUAGCCAAAUUAUUUCCAUAGAAUACCAUUACUUUUGCAAUACUAUGUGUAAGAUAUGGAAAAGGAAAUUUGAUUGGAUUUUUCUGUUUAUGUGUGUUAUGUCAUUUCAAAUACAGUAAAAAAAGGA